AUGCAAAAAACAGAAAUUCAUUGGUCACCAAAUGAACGAAAUCAACUAGCUGAAAUAGGAGCUGAAAUAAUAAUUCAUACAUUUGAUCGACCAUUAAGUGGAGAAAGUGGAAAAUGUCUUUCAGGAGGAACAAAUAAAAAAACAACAAGCCUUAAUUAUCCAUUACAUGAAAAAAAUAAUAUUAAAUGUUGUGCAUGGUGGCCAUCACAAGAAUAUCCAUAUGUAUUUGCUAUUGGACAACCUAAUGGACGGAUUAUAUUUGAAAAUGUUAAAGAUCGAUUAGAUCCAUUGAGUCAAGGAAGAAUAGUUAUUGAUUCUAAACAAGGUCGAUCAUGUGUUGCACUUUCUUGGAAUCCAAAAAUUCCUAAUUUACUUUUAUCAGGAUUCGAUAGAUAUCGUUCUGAUAAUUGUUUAACAAUUUGGGAUAUAAAUCAUAAUGGUUUAUUAUCACCACCAUUACAUCAAAUAGGAGGAAUAACAUCAUCAGCAGCAUCAAAUAUUGAUGAAUACAAAAGACUUGAUAUUUUAAUGCAUAAUCAACAAGUUUGGAAACCAAUAUUUGAUAUUGGAUUAAAUGAACAAUGCCAUUCAUUAGCAUGGUUUAAACCAAAUGAUCGUUGUUUUGCUGCAUGUACAACACAACAUAACUCAAGAACUAUUAAAAUUUAUGAUCCACGUGUUCAAUCACCUGUUGUAACAUCAUUUCCAACAAAAGCUCCAUUUAAUUUAUGCUGUGAUACAAGUGAACGAUAUAUAGCUGCUUCGAUUGAUAAAACAGUUUAUGUAUAUGAUACUCGUGCAACUGACAAAGCACUUAUUGUUCGUGAAGAACAUGAACCAAUUGUUAAACUUGCAUGGAGUCGAACAGGAUCAUCUCAACUUGGUUAUUGUAUUCGAGAUUCUCCGAAAUUUCUUGUUUUGUCAGUAUCAACAAAUAAUAGUCAUGAAAAUGAUACAUUUGUUCAUCGAAUUCUUCAAUGUCCAAUUCAACGUUAUAGAAUUGGUUUAGCAUCAUUUGAUUGGAAUUAUUUUGAUGAAAAUCGUCUUGUUUUACUUAGUGGAAAAGAAUAUUUUGAUUAUGUUAUUCCACCAAAAUCAAAUAUUUGUUAUUCACCACGUAAUGGUCUUUUAUGGACAAAUGAUCAUGAAAUUCAUCCAUCUGUAAUUAGUCAAGAUCAAGCACAAAUAUAUUCAAAAGUUCUUUUUACAUAUGAUUUAUCAAAUGUACAAAAUGAUCGAAGAACUAUCGCUUCAUCACAAUCAACACAAAAUACAGAACUAAUUCAAAUGGAUUUAAAAACAAUGUCAAAAGAAACGCAAUCAACUAUUGAACAAAUACAAAGAUGGAUUAAAAGUACAAAUAUUAAUCGAGAUCCAUAUCCAUUUAUUGGAGUUAUUGAAGCAUUAAGAGAAGCUCAACCAUCAUCAACAAGUAUAUUAACACAUCAAUCAUGGUCAUCAAUGGCUAAUUCAACAUCUACAAAAACUAUUUAUGAAUCACCUGAAAGGUAUUAA